CAUGUCCGCUAAGCUUCUGGUGGGCUUCUUCCUCCUGUUCGUUUUCCAAGCCUGCUCAAGAAAGGUUGACGAGGAUGACUUUGAAGAUUUCACGGCAAACCAAAAAUGGGUAAUGUCUCCAAAAACGCAUGACACUGACGUGACACUGUUGUUAAACAAGUUGCUGAGAGAAUAUGAUAAAAAGCUGCGGCCAGACAUUGGAAUGAAACCAACUGUCAUUGAUGUUGACAUUUAUGUUAAUAGCAUUGGCCCCGUGUCAUCAAUAAAUAUGGAAUACCAAAUUGAUAUAUUUUUUGCUCAGACAUGGACUGACAGCCGUCUUCGUUUUAACAGCACCAUGAAAAGAAGUCUCACCCUGAACAGCAAUAUGGUUGGGUUAAUAUGGAUCCCAGAUACUAUCUUCAGGAAUUCUAAAACUGCAGAAGCUCAUUGGAUUACUACACCUAAUCAGCUCCUGAGAAUAUGGAAUGAUGGAAAGAUCCUGUAUACUCUAAGGCUUACUAUCAACGCUGAAUGUCAGCUGCAGCUACACAACUUCCCAAUGGAUAAACAUUCAUGCCCACUGAUAUUCUCCAGCUAUGGCUAUCCUCAAGAAGAAAUGAUUUAUAGAUGGAGAAAAAACUCAGUAGAAGCUGCAGACCAGAAAUCCUGGAGACUCUAUCAGUUUGACUUCAUGGGCCUCAGAAAUACCUCUGAUAUCGUGCAAACAUCUGCAGGUGAUUAUAUAGUCAUGACUAUAUACUUCGAUUUAAGUAGAAGAAUGGGGUACUUCACUAUUCAAACAUACAUUCCCUGUAUAUUAACAGUUGUCUUAUCCUGGGUAUCGUUUUGGAUUAAAAAGGAUGCCACACCAGCAAGAACAGCCCUAGGUAUCACCACCGUGUUAACCAUGACCACUCUCAGCACCAUUGCAAGAAACUCAUUGCCCCGUGUUUCCUACGUCACUGCCAUGGACCUCUUUGUGACUGUGUGCUUCUUAUUUGUGUUUGCCGCUCUGAUGGAAUAUGCCACCCUCAACUACUACUCGAGUUGCAGAAAGCCACAUUGCACAAAGAAGAAAAAGUCGCUACCUGAUGUCAGUUUUGGGCACAUGAUGAACUAUUCUGUACUAGAGAUGAGACCUCCUCCUACAGUCAUCGCAUUGAAUAAUGCCAUGUACUGGCAAGAAUUUGAAGACAAUUGUAUCUAUGAAUGUCUGGAUGGGAAGGACUGCCAGAGCUUUUUCUGCUGUUACGAAGAAUGUAAAUCUGGUUCAUGGCGGAAAGGAAGGAUACACAUAGACAUCUUAGAACUAGACUCUUAUUCAAGGGUCUUCUUCCCUACAUCAUUCCUGCUGUUUAACUUGGUGUACUGGGUUGGAUACCUCUAUCUCUAG